AUGAAGGCCUCUACUGCUACCCUCGCCCUUAGCGCCCUCGUUGGCAGCUCCUACGCCAAGCCCAUGAACAUGGACGCGGCCAACGGCAUGGAGUCGACCAACAACAUGAUGAGCAAGGGCGUGAACAUGGACAAGACGGUCAUUGCCCGCGCCAACAGUGCCAUCAACAUGGGGCUCGAGCAGCAGAUGGGCGCGAUGCUGCCCACCGGCGAGGCCAUCACGGUCAAGCCCACGCUCAGCCUCGCCCGCCGCCAGGCCGACGCGGUUCUCGGCGGCCUCGAGGGCAUCCUCAACGACCUCCAGCUCUCGCAGCGCGAGAUCGACGCCCUCAUCGAGUCGGGCGGCGGCUCGGUCGACGUCCAGCGCCUCACGGGCCUCCUCAGCGGCGUCCAGGGCACCCUCGGGGGCCUCACCGGUGUUGUCAACCCCGGCACCCGCGGCUUUUCGCUCGAGCUCGCCGACGUCACAGGCUCGACCGACUUCAUCGGCCAGAUCAUCUCGACUGUGUCGGGCAUCCUGUCAUCGAUCUUUGGCCUUGCGUCUGGCGGUAAGGCCGGUGGCGCCCUCGGCAGCCUCGGCGGCGUACUUGGUGGCAAGGCCGGUGGUCCCCUCGACGGCAUUCUGGGAACCGUCUUUAGUCUUCUCGGCGGUGGCGCCGGCGCCGGUGGGGCUAGUAAUGUCGGCGGUAACCUCCUCACUGGCCUCCUCGGUGGUCUUCUUGGAGGUGGCUCUGACGGUGCCGAUGGUGCCCUCAACGGCGUCACUGGCACCCUCGGUGGCGUCACUGGCGGGCUCACCGGAGCCGGUGGUGGUGCGGGUGCUGGCGGUGCUCUCAACGGUAUCACUGGUACCCUCGGUGGCCUUACUGGCGGCCUCACUGGUGCAGCUGGUGCCGGUGCCAGCGGUGCUCUCGACGGCGUCACGAGCUCCCUCGAUGGUGUGACUGGCACCCUCGGCGACUUGACCAACGGUGUUGCUGGUACUCUCGGCGGCAUCACCAACGGUCUGACUGGUGCCCUGGGUGGCCUCACGGGCGGUCUCGGUGGCCUCACCAACGGCCUGACUAGCACCGUCGGCGGCGUUGCUGGCGGUGCUACCAAGGCCGCGACUGGCGCUGCCGGCUCCGUCAUGGUGGGCGGCACCCGCAUGUGCGCCUGCUAA